GAUAAUAAUGAAAACUAUAUGUAUCAAUAAAUACCUUAAGGUUCUCAUUCAUACUGUCAACAUCAAGAUGUGGUCCAACAAAAAGACCCAAAUAUUACGUGGUUAUGAUGACAGUGUUAGUGGAUUAGGGAGAUAAAAAUAUUUUAGUGUAAAGAAGAGGUCCAACUCCAACCCAAAUCAUUACAAUCCCCAACGUACAAUUUUUUUUUUUUUUUUUGAACUUGAUUCAGUUUCUCAACUAUAACAUUAAAACCAAAUCCACUUCAUCUAGUACAACUGUACAAGUACCUAUUAUCAAAUUUCCAUAUAUUUUUUACUUCUUUAUAAACCUUUUUUUUUGCUAUUCUCUUUUCAUUAACUGUAUUGCAACUCAAGUUCUCCCAUAGUUGGACCUUUAAGUCUAUUUUUGCUUAGUUUUAAUUGGUUACAACAACUUUACAACUUACAAUGAGAUUUUGAUUUUGAUAAGAAAACUAACUUCAUAGAUUAAUAGCUUCACACAGUACAUCCAUGGAGUUUAUCCUUCUCAAUCGAUCGACUAUUUUGUUGCAACCAUUAUCGAGUUUAAUUUCCAAAACAGCAUGAUAUAGAGUGAGAAAUAUUUUAAUUUGAUCCAACUUACAAUAAAUAUACAAAAAAAAAAAAAUAUUGUGUAAAUCGUAUUUCUGUUCAUAAGAAGCCCAAAAGCCCAUUAGUCCAUUACUAACGAGGGUGAUUUACACACGUCACCUUCUUAUUGGACCAAAGAAUCGCCUCUUUUCCAGCGACGGGCUUACCGAUUGCAUUCUGCGUUAUGAAGCGCACAUGACAUGUCCCUAAGUUCGAUGAAAAAAAAAAAAAAGACAUGUCCCUAAGUUCAUAUAUAAACGUGUGUCCGAGAUAUUCGACAGGUACGCUGAUAUGUGUUCGUUUGUUGACAAUAAUCUAUAAUAUUCGGUGAUCGAAAGUCAUAAACCCAUAAGAAAAACAAUGAUCAUAAACUAAGUUUGGAUUAUUGAAUUAAUAAACUUUAUAGUUUAUAAGACCAAAACUACUAAUAUGCCUCUAUUUUCUAAUCACUAUAAAGGAAACCUAAUUCCUCAAAUCAAAUCACCUGUCUUUUAAUUUACUUAACAAAAUCUUUGAUAGAAACAAAAUGGAAGAAAGUAAAAGAAACUUAUUAGAGAAAGCUUCUUUAGAUAUAUGGCGGUAUGUCUUUGGGUUUGCGGAUAUUGCAGCUGCAAAGUGUGCCAUUGAUCUUAAAAUACCAGAAGCCAUUGAAAACCAUCCUUCGUCACAGCCCGUGACACUAACCGAACGCUCCUCUGCCGUCUCUGCUUCUCCUUCACAUCUCCGCCGUAUAAUGAGGUUUCUUGUGCACCAAGGACUCUUCAAAGAAGUCCCCACAAAAGAUGGUUUAGCCACAGGAUACACUAACACGCCACUCUCUCGCCGUAUGAUGAUCACAAAACGUGAUGGAAAAUCGGAGGCUCCUUUGCUUCUCUUGGAAACAAGUCCCGAGAUGCUUGCUCCAUGGUUGAAGCUGAGCUCAGUCGUUUCUUCACCGGCCAACGGUUCAACUCCACCACCGUUUGAUGCAGUGCACGGUAAGGAUCUGUGGUCAUUCGCACAAGAUAAUCCGUGCCACAGCGAGCUAAUCAACGAGGCCAUGGCUUGUGAGCCACGUGUAGCGGGAGCUUGUCACGGCUUGUUUGACGGCGUGGCUACGGUGGUUGACGUAGGAGGAGGUACGGGAGAUACGAUGGGGAUACUUGUGAAGGAGUUUCCUUGGAUCAAAGGAUUCAACUUUGAUCUUCCUCAUGUUAUUGAAGUUGCUCAAGUCUUGGACGGUGUUGAGAAUGUUGAGGGCGAUAUGUUUGAUUCUAUUCCCGCAUGCGACGCUGUUAUCAUCAAGUGGGUGUUACACGACUGGGGAGACAAAGAUUGCAUAAAGAUAUUGAAGAAUUGCAAAGAAGCUGUCCCACCAAAUGUCGGCAAACUGUUGAUAGUGGAGUGUGUUAUCGGAGAGAAGAAAAAUACUAUGGUAGUAGAAGAAAGAGAUGACAAGUUAGAGCACGUGAGAUUGCAGCUUGACAUGGUGAUGAUGGUUCACACAAGCACAGGGAAAGAACGAACUUUGAAAGAAUGGGACUUUGUUCUUAAAGAAGCUGGCUUUGCUCGAUAUGAGGUUCGGGACAUUGAUGAUAUUCAGUCUCUUAGAGCGUUUCCAAUGGAGUAUUUCAAGGAGUGUCUAAAGAAUUAAAAAAAUAAUAAUAAUUAAAAGUAAGAGAGAGAAUG